AUGGCCCAAAGUGAUAGGAUGGAACAACAGUACAAUGAACUAAAAACCCUGUUCUUGUCAUACAAGAGGAGCACACCUAUGGAAACAAGUCUUGAAAACAAUGAAAAGGACCUGCCAAGCAAAGAGCAUUCAAAGGUGACGCUGGCAGCAGCAAAGCAGAAUGCCGGAGCAUAUAUAGAGAAAGUAAAUAAUGCAAAUAACAAGUCUAGAAAGUUUCGAACUCCUGUUGCUAAGGAUGGUGCAGAGGGAAUAAUGAAACGUGGAAUGGAUGUCAGGCUUACAUCACCAAAUAGUGGAAAGAUGGUGGCACUAGGGACCAUCCAAGGAACUGAUCCGAAAGCUAAAGCUAUGGAUGGCCAGCCUCUAGCAAAUUCAGUUGAGGUGGUUGUGGAUUGUAUUUUCAGUCCAACAACGGUGCUGCCUCGUGCACAAGGAAAGUUGAAAAUUCUUGGAAAUGCUCAAGCUCGUUGUAUUACUUGGCCACGUCUGAAUGUUGUAAGAAAAGAUGGAACACCUCUGCACUCCAAUGUCAUGGUAAAUGAAGAUGGUACCCUGUUGCAGUCCAAGGUGGCUGUGAACAAUAAAGAGAAUGUGGAUCCUAAAACAACAACAUCGCAUACAGAGGUUGCCAUGCAAGCUAAUUCAGGAAGUAUGAAGGAAAAAGAUUUGAAAAAGCGCAAGCAAAGUACUACCGCAACAACUACAGGGACUGCUGUUGGGGGAAUACUAUCUCAAACUGAAAGUGCUCCUCCUGAGAAAAAGUUGCCUCCUAGGCUGGGUAGGAAUCUUAGGGCUGGUAGCUCACAAUCAUCAUAUGCAAAGGUGUACGACAACAACGUGCUUAAAACAACUUCACGGCUUCAACGUGCAUCAAGGCAAUAAAACCGGAGAUAUGGUACCACUGGUUCCAGGACAUCAGUUCUUAUUCCUUCGCACCAAGCUCAAGUGCGCCAUUGGCAUCUGUCUCCUCUUCAGAUGUCUCAAAAUGCAAAUGGAUCAUGAACGUGGAUUGUAGAGAUCAAGCAAUGUAAACAUGGUGUUCAUGCCACUUUCGCACUCUGUUGUUCAUAGAUCCUCGUCAUGUUGUCUUAUUUAAUACUAUGGAUUCUUGGUCACGUACUUCGAUGCAUUUUAGAAAUCGUAUCAUAAAUCUGGAAAUUCUUUGUAGUAGUAUUUUUAACAAUGCCUAAAAUGAUUAUAUAUUGAAGGUUUUUAUGUCAAUGAC